AUGGACUUCUUGUCAGCAUGGAUUGUGUCUCCCUCUGCGCUACCCUUUCUGUGUCUCAUCUGGGGCGCUCAGGCCCAGCAAGCCUUCAGGUCAGAGCCCAGGAACCUCACUGUGCGUGUGGGGGCAACAGCUGUGUUAAAGUGUGAAGUGCUGCGGGCCUCGGGGGCUGUGCAGUGGGUGAAGGAUGGUCUCCUCCUGGGACCUCACUAAGGUUUGCCAGGGUUUCCACGCUAUGGCAUGAUUGGAAACCCCAAGAGAGAUAAACAAACAUACUCACAGGGCCAAUACCAUCUCCAGAUUGAGAAUACUCAGCUGGAAGAUGACACCUCCUUUGAGUGUCGAGCAGGCCUGUCUGAGAGCAGUGGUGCAAUCAUCUCCACCACCUGCUGGGUUGACUUACAAAGUCCGCCGAACAAACCUUACUUUGAAGCAGACAUGGCAACACCGUGGGUGGCAGGGAAGAAGUAUACUGUCACCUGUGCUGCCACUGAUGCAAAGCCUGUGGCAGAACUCGCACUUUACAAAGAUAGAGUGGAGCUGACAGGUGCAGAGUCUUCCUCCACGUCUGGCUCAAAGGAUAAGCUUGAGAACACAAGCGCCAAAGUAACGUCACAGCUCUGAGCUCUGAAUAACGGGAGACACUUGACAUGUCACGGCAAGAAUUCUGCCCUCUUCUGGCCAGUGGUGACCGCCGAGACAAUGAAUGUGUAUUACGUCCCUCAGCCUCCGGUCAUUAUGGGUCUGGAUAAAGGAGAAGUCAAAGCAGGGAUCAUUUUUUUAUUAUUAUUAUUAUUGUCUAAUGGUGGAAACCCUCUAGCCGCUCUCCGAUGGACCAUGAAUGGGGAGGUUCUGUCCAAGAUAUGGGAAGAUCCAAGAAAGCCUGUUACAGAGGCACUGAGCCAGACAUCCUUUGAUAGCGGUGUGACCCGAAAGCUGGUCCUGAUCCUGACCGCAAGCGACAGCAUGGCUACCUAUCAUUGUGAUGCCACAAACAAAGCAAUGAAGACCACCUCUGCCUACACUAAGCUCACAGUUCAUUGUGAGUAAUACUGAAACAUGAUAUGAGUACAUCGGGGUCAGAUGUUAACAUUGGAGUGUCUGUCUGGAAGCAGUAAUCCGAAGGACAGCAUCUCCUAUGAGAUUUGUGUCCUAGGCUGGAAGGGAUGGAAGACACCCAGGAAGGCUCAGCACAGUGGUGUAUCAGGGCGCAGUUUUCUAUCCCUCAGCUCACUGCAUCACGAACAGCGGAUCAUUUGCCAGGCCUCUACUCCUGGGCUAAACAAGGGCGCCAACACAUUCUUCCAGCUCAGUGUGCUCCACCAACCGGAGUUCAGCCCAGAGCAGCCCACACAGGUCCAGGUGGUGGGGGAUGACAUGGCAACCAUCCCACUGCUUGUCUCAGCCAACCCAGAGGAGGUUUCCUGCGUUUGGCUGCAUGACAGGGAGAAGCUGGUCAAAGGUGCUCCCACUGCUAAGGCGGAGCGAGACCCUGUGUUAGUACCCGUGGGGGAAACGGCGGAUCUGAUAUGUGUGGCAGAUGCCAACCCCAUUACAGCUGACAUGUUUUCAUGGAAAUGGCUGGAAGAAGAGGAGGUGAAGAUGGGAGAGGAGAUCCAGGAAGACAAAUCAGGCAUUCUAACCAUUUAUAAUGUGACUCGGGCUCAUGCAGGAAUAUACUAGUACACAGUCAGUAAUUGUAUUGCACCCACUGGCAGUGUCCACAUGCAUCUGAUUGUUGCGUUCAAACCGGGGCUUCAGUGGGGAAAGGUAGCCUGCAGCAAAGGGGGCAGCACCACCACAGCUGAGUUAGCAUGUCAGGCAGAAGGUAUUCCUCAUGUUGACUUUUCCUGGGAAAAAAUGGUGUUCAAUGGACUAAACGCCAGGUAUGAGGAGGGAGCUAUGAAGGCGGGCUCCUUCCACACCUGCACCAUUCCAGUGGUCAGUGUGUGUGUGAGUGCAGUUCUGGACUAUGCAGUUUUUAGCUGCACUGCAUGCAACGCCAUUGGGGGAGACAAGCUUAACAUCCAAAUUUCCUUCUCACGUCACCCAGAUCCCACUUCAUCCUUCCGCCUGGUCGCUGUUCACGACUUGGUCACUCUGGAGUGGAUGCCUGGCAUCAAUGUUGGUUUGCGACAAAGAUUCCGCGUCAGAUACCAUUGGGAUCAUUGAAACAGUUUCCUGUACGUGAACGUUUUUCCUCCCAGAGCGACAUUUUUCACUGUGACCGUCCUGCAGGCCUACAGCUUCUCUGUCAAUGCACUAAAUGCAACAGGAGAAAGCAGCUAUGCUAAUAACAAUGCAGUGUUGACCAUCACCACCAAACAGCAGCUUGGAGGAGGACUCCCAGCCUAUGUGAGAGUAUUGUCAGUCAUCUUUGGAGCCUUGCUGGUGUUCAAUUCGCUGGGCUGUUUCCUUGGUUUGAGGUGGAAAAAGAGGCGAGCGAAGGAAACAAGGUGCCAAGAAGGCAGCGUGCUGGAUGGAAAGAAGAAGGAAGAGGAAAAGUCUAGUCUGUCAACUGUGAGCCAUCCUAACAGGUACAAAAGCAGAGAGAAGAUCAACGACUCUCCAUCAGACACAGACAGCAACGUCUAG